UCACCAUGGGCAAUGCCGGGAACUGAGAAGACGGGCUCUGAAGCCUCAGCCAGGGACAUUCAGCGGCAGGGCGUGAUGGAGAACAAAGCCAUGUACCUGCACACCGUCAGCGACUGCGACACCAGCUCCAUGCUCGAGGAGUCCUUCGACGGCAGGAGCCUGUCCAAACUGAACCUGUGUGAGGAUGGUCCAUGCCCCAAACGGCGGGCGGGCGGCUGCUGUACCCACCUGGGCUCCCUAUCGGCCCUGAAGCAUGCUGUCCUGGGGCUCUACCUGCUGGUCUUUCUGAUUCUCGUGGGGAUCUUCAUCUUAGCAGGGCCACCGGGACCAAAAGGUGACCGGGGGGAUGAAGGCAAGGAGGGCAGACCUGGCAUCCCGGGAUUACCUGGACUGCGAGGUCUGCCAGGGGAGAGGGGCACCCCAGGACUACCUGGCCCCAAGGGCGAUGAUGGGCAGCUGGGGGCUGUCGGACCGAUGGGCAUGCGCGGGUUCAAAGGUGACCGAGGCCCGAAAGGAGAGAAAGGAGACAAAGGAGACAGAGCUAGGGAUGCUGGUGGCGUGGAAGCCCAGGUGAUGAUCCGCCUGGUGAACGGCUCGGGCCCGCACGAGGGCCGCGUGGAGGUGUUCCACGACCGACGCUGGGGCACCGUGUGCGACGACGGCUGGGACAAGAAGGACGGCGAUGUGGUAUGCCGCAUGCUGGGCUUCCGCGGCUCGGAGGAGGUGUACCGGACGGCCCGGUUUGGUCAAGGCGCUGGGAGGAUCUGGAUGGACGACGUCGCCUGCAAGGGCACAGAGGACACCAUCUUCCGCUGCAGCUUCUCCAAAUGGGGGGUGACAAACUGUGGGCACGCUGAGGAUGCGGGGGUCACGUGCGACCAACACUGAAAGGAGGCAGCCCAAGGUGGAGACCCUGCCCCGAGCCUCCCUCCGGCAUCCCUGGAGAGGGGCACGGCUCAGGGCUGCCCUGGC